GCUCUCCCUAUCCCCCCAGAACCUGCGCUGCCCUCUUAAAAUAAGCAGUGGGGGAAAUAUUCAAAGCCUUCCACCUCCUCUCAACCACACAUACACACACACACUUCUAGAGCGCACUGUGAAAACUUUCCCCUGCAACUGCUGAAUAGGUUAGUGCCUGCGACAGGACAGCACCGAGUGGGAAGAGACAGUGAAAGCGGAACGCAUAGCCGGUUACUAGCUGCCUGGGGUUCGGGAAUGGCGGAUAGUCGGAAUGGUCCAUUCCCUCCUUCCGAACCGCACAUGUGAACCGAACCCCGUCUCCUGUGGGUCGAUUUUGUUACGUAUUAGGAGGCAAAGGACAGUAAAGAGCGAGAAAGAGACGAUUGACGUAUCUAAGACAGCCUGUCGACACCACUCUCCUCUCAUCUCGAGAUGGUCUGCGCGCCAGGACAUCGAUGGUUCCUACUUACCGCUCUCUUGCACGCUGUUGCACCCCUGGACAUCCGCGAGAGACCAAGGCAAUGUGACCCACCGAAGUCGCAAAGUGACAUGAACUCAUUCCUCUGGACAGUGAAGCACCCAGCUCCCUACCCUCCAUCCUAUCUUUUCGGGACCAUCCAUGUUCCCUACACCCGUGUUUGGGACUUUAUCCCAGACGUCUCCAAACGGGCCUUCCAGACCAGCGCCAACGUAUUCUUCGAGCUGGACCUGACCGACCCCCUGACUAUCUCCAAGCUGACCAGCUGCCAGCUGCUGCCCCACGGGGAGAACCUGCAGACCCUGCUGCCCCGGGACCUAUAUCGCCGCCUCAAACGCCACCUGGACUACGUUAAGCACAUGAUGCCCUACUGGAUGACGGCGGACCAGCGGGGCCGGGGGCUGUACGCUGACUACCUCUUCAAUGCCAUCGCAGGGAAUUGGGAGAGGAAGAGGCCUGUGUGGGUGAUGCUGAUGGUCAACUCUCUGACGGAGUCAGACGUGAGGUCGCGGGGAACCCCCGUAUUGGACCUGUUCCUGGCCCAGGAGGCCGACCGCAUGGGGAAGAGGACAGGAGCGGUGGAGCGGGUGGAGGAGCAGUGUCACCCCCUCAACGGACUCAACUUCUCCCAGGUGCUGUUUGCCCUGAACCAGACCCUGCUGCAGCAUGAGAGUGUAAGAGCAGGCAGUCUGCAGGGCUCCUACACCACCGAGGACCUCAUCACACACUACAACUGUGGAGACCUCAGCUCCAUCAUCUUCAACCACGACACCUCACAGCUCCCUCACUUCAUCAACAGUUCCCUGCCGGCCCAUGAGAAGACCACGGCACUUCAGAUUGACAACUACUUCCGCCAGGAGCUCAUCUACAAACGCAAUGAGCGAAUGGCACGCCGCAUCUCCGCCCUCAUCCAGCGAAACCCCUCCCAGACCUUCUUCUUUGCUUUUGGUGCAGGUCACUUCCUGGGGAACCACAGUGUGUUGGACAUCCUGAGACAGGAGGGCUACAAGGUGGUGCAUGCACCAUCACACUACCAGGAACCAAUCACAGACUGUGAAAGAUAGGCCAGCCCGCUCCCAGCAGCCCCUUGGCAUGGCCACCUCACAGAAAGAGCCUCAACCAUCUGCCUCCUGAAGAGGGGUGCUGCAUCUCCUCAGUCUCCCCAGUGAACUUUCCCACCCCUGCAUUCCCACCCCUGGGACAGGCUCCCUAUCACCCUGCAAGCAGCAGCAGCAGCAGGACCUGGGGGGUUGAUCUAAGGCCCGUGCAGGUUGGGCCCAUUAAAAUAGCAGUGCUAAUGGUUGCAGCACUCACUGGAAACAGGGUGAAAAUGGACAAAUGAGGAACAACAAGGGAAAUCACAUAAAGCAGAGCUACAGUAAAACAUCUCCUCCAUCCACUGCUUUUACAAACUCACUUCCUUCACUGUGAAUUACAGCUAUAACAAAACCAUUCCUCCCUGGCUCAUACACAGAGCAGGCCCAGGCCCAGCCUCAGCCAAGCUGCGGGCCACAGCACUUCUGCUUUAAAAGCUGACUGAUUGUGGACUGACUGAUUGUGGUCGAAAAACACACAAAACUGCUCCAAACACUUUGUGCUCUCUGAUAUGAGGUGACAACAAUACAAUGUGGCAGGAAGCUUUUCCAGAGGUUAUGAAGUGUAAACCUCAAAACUGGGCCUGCACCCAGAGGCAUCAUGUGUUUUCUGCUCAAUAGAGAGAUUAUGACAAAAGGAACCAAAGCAAAGUGACUCAGUGUAGAGUGGCUGUAGCCCACAGCAGCCAGCAUCUGUAGACAGUGUAAUACUGGCUAACACAGAGCUGAACAGUGUGUGGUCUGGAUCUGGGGCCUCAUUGGGAGGUCAAACCUCCAGGGUGUUUACUGGAAAGCAAUAUGACCCUUCAUAUGCAUAGUAGGCAGAAGUUGCGCCUAAACGUUAAGGACAAUUUGAGUGUUUUCUGAUCCUAGAUCUAUGCCUACAGGCAACUACCGGUAAUCAGAUAGGGAAGGAAGUGGCAUAAAUGACAGGUAAGGAAUGUGGAUUAGUGUAGGACCAAGUUCCAAUGCUUUUGAAAUGUAUCCUCCUUUCCUGCUCUCGUAUGACGGUGUUGAUCAAAGCAAUGUAACGGAAACCUUACUUUGCCCUAUCUGACCGUGUUACAUCCUUGACUACUUCAAGCAAAUGAAUAUGGUAAGGAUACAUUUCUAAGGUAUUGAGUUGUCAGGGUGGUCAGAGGGGUUACAGCUUCCUCCCUUGUGGCUCGUGGCAGAUUUAGAUACUCAGUAAACUCUUUACAAGCACAGAGUACAUUGUGUCCCUGUUGGAAGUUCAAAGCCCUAGAGAGAACCGUGGUGGUCAGGUCACCUUAAACAACGCACCAUUUCACAUUCACACACAACCUCUAAGGAGAACCUCCCUAAAAUAUAUUACAUAACAUAAAUAAACUACUCACCAACAUUAUUCUGUUAUCUUUCAUCUAUUCUAGUGACGAGGGAACAUACAUCCAGGUCUAUAUCACAAUGUUCUAAUAUUUAAUAAGCAU